CCCGCGAGCGGCAGAGUUUCCAUCUCGCUGCCUUUUCUCCUCCGGGCGGAGGGUCUGCAGACAUGGCUACGAGGCAGCAGCUGGCUUUAUUUAGUGUUUCAGAUAAAACCGGUCUGGUGGAAUUUGCAAAAUGUCUGAAUUCUUUGGGUUUGGCUUUGGUUGCCUCUGGAGGAACAGCAAAAGUCCUUCGGGAUGCAGGUUUGAAUGUCAGUGAUGUUUCCGAUCUUACUGGCUUUCCAGAAAUGCUGGGUGGACGUGUGAAAACUCUUCAUCCUGCAGUGCAUGCAGGCAUCCUGGCUCGUGACAUUCCACAAGAUAAAACUGACAUGGAAAAAUUGGAUUUCAGCCUUGUAAGAGUUGUAGUUUGUAAUCUCUACCCGUUUGUCAAAACGGUGGCCUCCCCAAAUGUAACUAUCCAAGAAGCUGUUGAACAGAUUGACAUUGGAGGUGUUGCUUUACUGAGAGCUGCAGCAAAAAAUCAUGCCCGUGUGACUGUUGUUUGUGAUCCUGGGGAUUAUACUACUGUAGCAAAGGAAAUGAAAAACUUCACUGGUAAAGAUACCAGUUUGGAAACUCGGCGUCAGCUGGCAUUGAAGGCCUUUACUCACACUGCUCAGUACGAUACGGCAAUUUCUGACUACUUUAGGAAAGAAUACAGCAAAGGAGUAUCUCAACUUCCACUGAGAUACGGCAUGAAUCCCCAUCAGACUCCUGCUCAACUCUAUACUUUGAGGCCUCAACUUCCUCUCUCAGUUCUGAAUGGUUCCCCGGGAUUCAUAAACCUGUGUGAUGCUCUGAAUGCCUGGCAGUUGGUCAGGGAGCUGAAACAAGCCUUGGGCAUUCCUGCCGCCACCUCUUUCAAGCAUGUCAGUCCAGCAGGUGCCGCUGUUGGUGUACCCCUCACCAAAGAAGAAGCUGAAGUCUGCAUGGUGCACGACUUGUAUCCCACUCUUACACCCUUGGCAACUGCAUAUGCCAGAGCAAGAGGCGCUGAUAGGAUGUCAUCUUUUGGGGACUUCAUUGCUUUGUCUGAUAUCUGUGAUGUCCCUACAGCGAAGAUCAUUUCCAGGGAGGUGUCUGAUGGGAUUGUGGCUCCAGGCUUUGAUGAAGAAGCUCUCAAAAUUCUGUCCAAAAAGAAAAAUGGCAGCUACUGUGUACUCCAGAUGGAUCCAACUUACAAGCCGGAGGAAAAUGAAAUCCGCACUCUCUUCGGAUUGCAUCUAAUGCAGAAGAGGAAUGAUGGUGUGAUUGAUCGAUCGCUAUUCAAAAACAUUGUUACUAAAAAUAAAAAUUUGCCUGAUCCAGCUAUCAGAGAUCUGAUUGUUGCCACUAUUGCUGUUAAAUAUACUCAGUCUAAUUCCGUUUGUUAUGCCAAGAAUGGACAGGUGAUUGGCAUUGGGGCAGGGCAGCAAUCCCGUAUCCACUGCACCCGCCUGGCUGGAGACAAGGCAAACUACUGGUGGCUCAGACAUCACCCACGAGUGCUCUCCAUGAAAUUCAAGGCUGGAGUGAAAAGAGCAGAAAUCUCCAAUGCUGUUGAUCAGUAUGUUACUGGGACCAUUGGUGAGGGUGAAGAUUUUGCCAAGUGGAAGGCACAAUUUGAGGAAGUCCCCAGUUUGCUUACUGAAGCAGAAAAAAAGGCCUGGAUUGGAAAAUUAAAUGGUGUCUCACUAAGCUCUGAUGCAUUUUUCCCUUUUAGGGAUAAUGUGGAUAGAGCAAAUCGGAGUGGAGUCCAGUUCAUUGUUUCCCCGUCUGGUUCUGCUGCUGACCAAGUUGUGAUUGAAGCCUGUGAUGAACUGGGAAUAACUCUUAUUCAUACCAAUCUUCGCCUAUUUCACCACUGAUGUUUAAAAAUCAGUAUUUGAAAGCAUAUUCUUUAUAAAAUCUGCAUAUAAUGCCAAAAUCUACAUAUAAUCCAUUGAGAGUUCCAAAGUAAGAUAAAAAGUUCUGAAAACUUCGUUGAAAAAUAAAAGUGCAAAACUAUCAAUAGUGCAUCUGAAUUCUUUAAGAACUCAGGUCAUGGAUAUGGCUUCUAUCAGCAUGCAAAAUCAAUCACUUACUGCUUUUAUCAUGUUCAACUAAGCAUUGUACAAAUUGGAAAUUUGUACUUUUAAAUUAGUGAACCUGAUUGAGAUGUUCAUUAACAGUAGAAUUACAGUUUCUCCUGAAAUUGAUCCCAUGCCGAUAGAAAUAUGUUUAUGAUGAUUUGUUAAGAGUAGAUAGCUUUUAGAAGGGUGGAUAACAGCAGCAUAAUGAAUGGGGAAAGAGGAUGUUGGCAUCACUUUAGUAUGUGUACAUGCAUCCAUCUAAUUCUGAAAUUGAUGCCAAGAAACUGCAGGGACUAGUCCAAGCAGUCUUCAGGAGUCAAGACUGAUCCAAAGGCAGGCACUCAUGCAAAGAAAACCCCUCAUUAAGCAAAGCUGUAUGAUGGAAGUCUUUUAGCAUAUUUUGUCAGCAUAUAAAGUUGGUAUGUGAACAGUGAAGAGGAUCAUUUUUAGUUCAUCCCUUCCUGCAGUCCCAUCUCUACAAUUUCUAGUAUUCCAUAAUAUAUCCACAUCUCUUCUGUUAUUAUAGAAACCUCAAUGCGCUAAAAUUCAUUCUUUCUAAAAUAGGGAGAUAAUAACAGGCUGCAAGAUGAAUAUGAAUGGUACCAAUUGUUAAAUGAAUAAAUGCAUUUUAAAGUGA